CUAAAGAAUCAAAAAGUAGUCUCCAAAUAUUUUAAAACAUAUACAAAAAAAUUAUGGGCAGUCUAGUGAGCAUGUUUGUUUUUCUGUUUCUUGCAAUAAUAAGAAUUGGACCAGCUAAAGCCAUUGAUAUUGCUCACAUAAGACAGAUUGUAACCAUGAAUAAUGUAACUGGUGUGUUUGUGUUCGGUGAUUCGAGUGUCGAUCCUGGGAAUAACAAUGGUCUUAAAACCGACGACAAGAGUAACUUUUCGCCUUACGGAGUGGAUUUCUUCGAUGGUUGUCCUACCGGGAGGUUUAGUAAUGGCAGACUUGCCACUGAUUACAUAGCCGAGGCAUUGGGCUAUACGAAAGAAAUUCGACCAUAUCUCGAGCCAGGAUCAUCUACAAAGACAUUCGAUCUUUCUCAUGGUGUUAGUUUUGCUUCGAGUGGCUCCGGCUAUGAUAACUUAACUGCCCAAAUUUCGAAUGUGUUGACAUUAUCACACCAAAUCAAGUAUUUUGCGCAUUACAAGAGAAACCUUAGUCUAAAGAUAGGAGCAAGAAGAGCUCAAGAAUCUAUUCAGAACUCCGUGUUGGUAUUGAGCAUGGGAACAAACGAUUUCUUACAAAAUUAUUACGUCGAGCCAACACGAAGUGCCAAAUACAACGUCGAUCAAUAUGGAGAUUACUUGAUCUCACUUCUUCAUGGUUAUGUCAAGAAAAUGCACUCUCUUGGCGCAAGAAGAUUGGUAGUGGUUGGAGUUGUUCCUUUUGGAUGUAUGCCUUUGGUCAAAACAUUGAAGGGUACAACUAAAUGUGACAAUGAAUACAACAAUGUGGCUCUUUCAUUCAAUCUCAAGAUCCAAAAAGCACUUGCUACGUUAAAAACGUCGUUAGGAAUGAAAUCUGUUUACGUCGACGCUUAUGGUCUCAUUCAAAGGGCAAUGCAAAAUCCUAAAAAAUAUGGAUUUGUAGAGACUUCAAAGGGGUGUUGUGGAACAGGAACUUAUGAGUAUGGUCUUACUUGUAAAGGCUUGACCACAUGUGUUGACCAUGAGAGAUACUUAUUCUGGGAUGCAGUUCAUCCUACGGACAGAAUGUAUAAGAUCCUUGCGGAUGAGGCUUUAAGUUCCAUUAUGACCAGUCUUUUUUAAGGAUUUUUAGAGAUACAUAAAUUAUGUGUAUGUGUAUGUGUAUGUAUGGGGUACUUAUAUUUAUUCUUUCAUGUGUAUUUGUAUGAAGUACUUUUACUAUGAUACAAUCAACUCAUAUAGUUACACA